AGGAGCUCGGGCAGCCAGCUGGGGGCUGACCUGAUUCCCUAGAAUCCUCAGUUCCCUUCCUCUUUCCUCUCGACGUCCUUCCUUCCCUGUUUCUCCUCUCCCUCCUCCCCCUCUCCUCCCCAGAUAAGCAGCUCCGGGAAACAAAGAAUCCGGGCUCCCCAGACCUUGGAGCGUACACGCAGCUCUCCGCAGGCGGCAUCUCUCGAGGGUGACCCGGCGCUCCUGAUCUCCAUCCCCUCCCCAGCCUCCCCCGCCUCCCGCGCUCGCUCGCUCGCUCGCGCCCUCCCCGCUCUGCCUCCCCCACCGCCGCGGCUCGGAGAGGAAGACGGCCGGGGCUCAAGAUGGCUUUAGCCCGGCUCUGCGCCCUGCUCGCCUGCUGCUGGGGGCCGGCGGCGGUGCUGGCCACGGCCGCCGGCGAUGUGGAUCCGUCCAAGGAGCUGGAGUGCAAGCUCAAAAGCAUCACGGUGUCGGCGCUGCCCUUCCUGCGCGAGAACGACCUGAGCAUCAUGCACAGCCCCUCGGCCUCCGAGCCCAAGCUCCUCUUCUCGGUGCGCAACGACUUCCCCGGAGAAAUGGUCGUGGUGGACGACCUGGAGAACACCGAGCUGCCCUACUUCGUGCUGGAGAUCUCAGGGAACACAGAGGACAUCCCUCUGGUGCGCUGGAGGCAGCAGUGGCUGGAGAAUGGCACUUUGCUUUUUCACAUCCAUCACCAAGAUGGUGCCCCAAGCCUCCCUGGGCAAGACCCAACUGAAGAACCCCAGCAUGAGUCUGCAGAAGAGGAGCUGCGAAUCCUCCACAUCUCGGUCAUGGGUGGCAUGAUCGCUCUGCUGCUGUCCAUCUUGUGCCUGGUGAUGAUCCUAUACACUCGCCGGCGCUGGUGCAAACGCCGCCGGGUCCCCCAGCCCCAGAAAAGCGCCAGCGCCGAGGCAGCCAACGAGAUUCACUACAUCCCUUCAGUGCUGAUUGGCGGGCACGGGCGGGAGAGUCUCCGCAACGCCCGUGUGCAGGGCCACAACUCCAGCGGCACCCUGAGCAUCCGGGAGACACCCAUCCUGGAUGGCUAUGAGUACGACAUCACUGACCUGCGCCACCACCUGCAGAGGGAGUGCAUGAACGGAGGGGAGGACUUCGCCAGCCAGGUCACCCGCACCCUGGACUCCCUGCAGGGCUGCAAUGAGAAGACUGGGAUGGACCUCACACCAGGCAGUGACAAUGCCAAGCUGUCACUGAUGAACAAGUAUAAAGAUAACAUUAUUGCUACCAGCCCCGUGGACUCUAACCACCAGCAGGCCACCCUACUCUCUCACACCUCCAGUAGCCAAAGAAAACGGAUCAACAACAAGGCAAGAGCUGGUUCUGCCUUUUUGAACCCUGAAGGGGAUUCUGGCACAGAGGCAGAGAACGACCCCCAGCUGACCUUUUACACAGAUCCCUCAAGGAGCCGGAGGCGCAGUAGAGUGGGUUCUCCCCGAAGUCCUGUGAACAAGACCACCUUGACCCUGAUCAGCAUCACUAGCUGUGUGAUCGGCCUAGUGUGCUCCUCCCACGUCAGCUGCCCUCUCGUUGUCAAGAUCACCCUGCACGUCCCUGAGCACCUGAUCGCCGAUGGGAGCCGCUUCAUCUUGCUGGAGGGGAGCCAGCUAGACGCCAGUGACUGGCUAAACCCUGCCCAAGUGGUUCUCUUCUCUCAGCAGAACUCCAGUGGGCCCUGGGCCAUGGACCUUUGCGCCCGGAGGCUCCUGGACCCCUGUGAACACCAGUGUGACCCUGAAACUGGUAGGCGGGAGCACCGGGCAGCGGGGGAGUGCCUCUGCUAUGAAGGUUACAUGAAGGAUCCCGUACACAAGCACCUUUGCAUUCGGAAUGAAUGGGGGACAAACCAGGGGCCUUGGCCUUACACGAUAUUUCAGCGAGGCUUUGACCUGGUUUUGGGAGAGCAGCCCUCUGAUAAAAUAUUCAGAUUCACCUACACCCUGGGAGAGGGCAUGUGGUUGCCCCUCAGCAAGAGCUUUGUGAUUCCACCAGCGGAACUGGCCAUCAAUCCAUCAGCAAAAUGCAAGACGGACAUGACUGUGAUGGAGGAUGCUGUGGAGGUCAGAGAAGAGCUGAUGACUUCAUCCUCUUUUGACAGCCUGGAGGUUCUCUUAGAUUCCUUUGGGCCCGUGCGUGACUGCAGCAAAGAUAAUGGGGGUUGCAGUAAGAAUUUCCGUUGCAUUUCAGAUCGCAAGCUGGACUCCACUGGUUGUGUGUGCCCAUCCGGACUCAGCCCCAUGAAGGACAGUUCGGGCUGCUAUGACCGCCACAUCGGGGUGGACUGUUCCGACGGCUUCAACGGCGGCUGUGAGCAGCUGUGUCUCCAGCAGAUGGCCCCCUUCCCUGAUGACCCCACCCUGUACAACAUCCUCAUGUUCUGCGGGUGCAUCGAGGACUAUAAGCUUGGUGUGGAUGGACGCUCUUGCCAGCUCGUCACAGAGACUUGUCCAGAGGGAGGUGACUGCGAGGAAAGUAGGGAACUUCCCAUGAACCAGACCCUCUUUGGGGAGAUGUUCUUUGGUUACAACAACCAUUCCAAGGAAGUGGCUGCUGGACAGGUGCUGAAAGGAACAUUCAGGCAAAACAACUUUGCUCGUGGUUUAGACCAGCAACUGCCAGAUGGUCUUGUGGUGGCCACUGUCCCCUUGGAGAAUCAGUGCCUGGAGGAGAUCUCGGAGCCCACCCCCGACCCUGACUUCCUGACUGGGAUGGUGAACUUCAGCGAAGUGUCUGGAUACCCUGUGUUGCAGCACUGGAAGGUCCGCUCUGUGAUGUACCACCUCAAACUCAACCAGGUUGCCGUCUCUCAGGCACUCAGCAAUGCUCUCCACUCGCUGGACGGGGCUACGUCUCGUGCAGAUUUCGUGGCUCUGUUGGACCAGUUUGGCAACCAUUACAUCCAGGAAGCUAUCUAUGGCUUCGAGGAGUCCUGUUCCAUCUGGUACCCAAACAAGCAGGUCCAGCGGCGACUCUGGCUGGAAUAUGAAGACAUCAGUAAAGGCAACUCCCCAUCCGAUGAGUCAGAGGAGCGAGAAAGAGACCCCAAGGUGCUGACGUUCCCAGAGUACAUCGCCAGCCUGUCAGACUCUGGCACCAAACGCAUGGCUGCUGGAGUCCGCAUGGAGUGCCAGAGCAAGGGACGAUGCCCCUCAUCCUGCCCCCUGUGUCAUGUGACAUCCAGCCCUGACUACCCUGCUGAGCCAGUCCUGCUGGAGGUGACCAAAGCAGCCCCCCUCUAUGAACUAGUGACCAACAACCAGACCCAGAGGCUCUUGCAGGAGGCCACCAUGAGCUCUCUGUGGUGCUCAGGGACGGGAGAUGUCAUCGAGGACUGGUGUCGGUGUGAUUCCACUGCCUUUGGAGCCGACGGACUCCCCACCUGCGCACCGCUCCCGCAGCCUGUCCUGAGACUCUCCACAGUUCAUGAGCCCAGCAGUACCCUCGUGGUCCUCGAAUGGGAACACUCAGAGCCACCAAUUGGGGUUCAGAUUGUAGAUUAUCUUCUCCGUCAAGAGAAAGUCACUGACAGGAUGGACCACUCUAAAGUGGAGACAGAAACGGUGCUGAGCUUUGUGGAUGACAUCAUCUCUGGAGCAAAGUCUCCUUGUGCCAUGCCAUCCCAGGUGCCAGACAAGCAGUUCACCACCAUUUCUCUGAUCAUACGAUGCCUAGAACCGGACACCAUUUACAUGUUUACCCUGUGGGGAGUGGACAACACAGGACGGCGUUCCAGGCCAAGUGACGUGAUUGUGAAGACCCCUUGUCCCGUGGUGGAUGAUGUCAAAGCUCAAGAAAUAGCAGACAAGAUCUACAAUCUCUUCAAUGGCUAUACCAGUGGGAAGGAGCAGCAGACGGCCUACAACACCCUUCUGGAUCUGGGUUCCCCCACCUUACAUCGAGUCCUCUACCACUACAACCAACAUUAUGAGAGCUUUGGAGAAUUCACCUGGCGGUGUGAGGAUGAAUUAGGCCCCAGGAAGGCAGGCCUCAUCCUUUCCCAGCUUGCGGACCUCAGCAGUUGGUGCAAUGGACUCCUUCAGGAACCCAAGAUAAGCUUGCGACGCAGCUCGCUCAAGUACCUGGGCUGCCGCUACAGCGAGAUCAAGCCCUAUGGACUGGACUGGGCCGAGCUCAGCCGGGACCUCAGGAAGACGUGUGAGGAGCAGACCCUGAGUGUCCCCUACAAUGACUAUGGGGACAGUAAGGACAUGUAGCACCACAAGGCUGGAUUGCUGCUGCCAAAAUGAAGCAGGAGAGAGAGGAGAGGGACAUCUGGGUUGGUUUGUGGAUUUUUAGCAUUUUUUAAUGGAACAUUAAAACCUCCAUGGCAAUGUCUAUGCCAGGGAGAAAGUGAUCCUCAUUCCCUGCAUCCCUCAGCCUGAUGUUCUCCAUCUGCAUGACCCGUGACCCUGCCAGCCAGCGGCUUCAUGCAGUGCCAUGGGCUUUUUUAGAAGAUUACUUUGGGGCUUGUUUUGCUGUUGAUUUGUUUCAUUCAUUUCUGACCCUCCAAGAAGUUUGCCAGAAUAAUCUGUGAUGCUUCCCACAAAAGGUCUGUCAAGUUGAGGCAUUCUGCUGUCACUGAGUUCAUUGCAACUGGGGACAGAGGUGAGGCCAGAAGGUUGCUGACCUGUUCAGGGUCCACCCUCAGGCAUUCCUUAGGAAGCACCUCAGUCUAGGAGCCUAAGCCUUGCUCACUGAGAAAAACAAUAUGGAAACUGGGAAGGUGAUCCCCCGUCCGUGCCUCAUGGCUUUUCUCCCAGGACUUCCUAUUUCCAUCUCCACUUCUCAAAAGUGAACCCAGCUUUCCUUACAGGCCCCAGUGGGCCACCUGUGUUUUUAUCCCCCUACCCCCAUUUUAAGCUAAACUGGAAUGAAAUCUUUUCUCUGGCAGACCUCUUCCCUCUCCUCUGAACACCAUGAUCUUUGAGAGGCAAUAAGAUGCCACCUGUCAAAUGCACCUUUAGAGAAGUCUACCUGGGAGACUGUAAAUGAGGUUUAUUGGUUUAAAAAACUUCUGUGCCUCCAUUGGAUAAACUCUGCUGUCCACCAAUAUCUACCCAAGCAACUGGAUUCCCUUUGGCCCUGUGCCUCUUACCCAGGACGCGUAAGUCUUGGCUGAUGUCUGAUCUGGUCCAUGAGGGAUCAAUACUUCCAUGUCAUUGUUGCAGUGAACUAAAGCUAUUACUGAUCACAAUCUUCCCUCUUGCUAAAUUUAUGUAUCCCUAGUUUUGCUAAUCAUUUCUCUGAUGGCCAUCAGUGGGAGGAUUGCACCAUGGUCAUGGCCAGCUAGUUGCUGGGAGUUGCAGAGGCUCUGUGUAGACAGUCACCACUGACCACAGGUAAAGGCUGAGGUGUUGUUUCCACCCCUCUGCCCAAGCAGUGGUGUGGAUGACCUGGCUAGCAGGAAGCCCAGCCUUUCAGAAAGAGCCAGGCAGGGCCAUGUUAGCGGCAGUGACCUUAGCUGUCCCAUGUGCUUCAGAGGCUGAACACACACAUACUUUCAGUCACCAUGCCUUUGACCAGGGCGCAGCAUCUACAAACACGUGAGAAAGGUAUGGAGGGAGGUGCAGGGUCUACUAUGACAGUUGCUGAGCCCUGCUGAUAUUUUCUAAAUAGUAACAAGGACAGGCGACAUUCAUGAAGUGCUUGCUGUGUGCUAGACACCGCUAUGAGCGUGUUAGGUGUCACUGCAUCCUAACAACGACCCCUCGAGGAAAUGCUAUUCUUGCCUCCAUUUUGGUGUUGAGGAAACUGAGGCAAAGAGAGGUUAUGCGACUUUCCCCAGAUUCUGUGCACUGUAUGUCUCAGUUCCAAUAUGAGUUCAGACGCUGGACUCCAGAGCAUAGGAUUUUAACCAGCCUGUGCCCCUCAGUUCUGUUUUCAGUAUUGUUGGCAGCAAGCCAUUGUGUGAGCUCCAGAGAGCCUGCCCUUCCCCAGACACAUGGGGUGUUGACCUGCCCUCUGUUCAGGGGAAGGAGGCAGUGGCCAAGUUCACCCUUAGCCUUCGGAGCUAAGACACCCUUUGGGGACCCCUGCUCUGCGCACACAGCCUUCCCCCAUCCUGGGUGACUGGGAGGACAGCCUGGCGCCAGGCUGAAAGCACAGGGUGGUGUGACUAUCCUCUCCACUUCCUUCCGGAGAGAGAGGAGGAUUUAUUCCAUCCUCUCUCAUGCACCUGCCUCAGAGAUUCCCCUGCUUCCAGAGCAAAGGCUGACAGAACACUCGGCUAUCUGCAUGUGGUCAGCGCAGGGGCCUCAGUCAAAGUGCCUCAUAGGCAAGUUUUUCACCACUGCCAGGGAGCAAGUUGCUGUGGGUCACCGGGGCAGGGCCUCUAGCACCUUCUCACUGCUCUGCUCUGCCGUCAUUUUUUUUUUGCAGUUUUUGGCCAGGGCUGGGUUUGAACCUGCCACCUCUGGCAUAUGGGGACAGUGCCCUACCCCUUUGAGCCACAGGAGCCACCUGUGCUCUGCCAUCUUUUUACUCAGUCUGUGCACAGCAAGGUGUCUUGAGUUUGGGUGGGAAGAGGGUGAGGCUGCCAAUACCCUCCUGCUCCCAGCAGGGGCGAGGCGGGAGCAGGUAGGCUAAGAGGGGCAUCAGGGUCCCCCACUUCUGUUUCUCCUUUUUAGGCAUUCCAUGCACCUCUCCCCUCCUGUCUUUUUUCUCCACUCUCCCAAAUUCUUCCACCUGCUUUUCAUUUUUGUAUUUUCACUCUUUUCUUUCUCUUUCUGCGACCCUCCUCUUUUGUCCCUUCCUUCCCUAUAAUUCUCUUCCUCCUCCAGUCCCCUCCUGGGUUCUCCUCCCUGCGUGUGUGUAUGUAUGCACACCCACGUGGAGCAUGCACAGUGUACACACAGCCCCUAUAACUGGGCCCACUUGCUUUCAAGUUAAAAAUGCCAAUGUGAAUGGAGCAGGGGAUAGUCUUAGGGUGGUUAUACAAUUAACAGGAGGAUUAUUUUCCCCCAGGAGGAUGCUACCAAUCACACCCUACUGACAUUUCCCAAAGCUUGCCUAGAGAAACCCACCCUGGCUAGAAGGAGGGAUGGUACCGGGUCUUUAUUAAACCUUAAGUUUCUAAGCUGCCAAACAGGUCUUAAGGGAGUCACUUACAGUCACCAACACUCUCCCAGCUCCUUGAGACCUCGGGGUGGGGGGAGGGAUUCCUGUUGAAUAUACAUGAACCCCCGUAAUAGCAUUAGACUUUUAAUUGAGCGUGCAAUCAUUUUCCAUGGAGUUUGGUCCAUUCAUUAUUUUUGGUUAACUACACUUCUUGAUAGUCAAAUGUUCUGUUAAGAAACUGAGCGUGAAGAAAGAAAAACCCACUUUACUAUAUAGAAGGAAGAAAGAAUAUAAUGUGACCAUCUUCAGGUAUAACAGUAUUAUUUAAAAAAGAAUUCUUGUACGAUUAUAAAGAGUGAAAUAAUCAACUAAGUAAUAAACAAAGCUGUUAG